AUGGUCUCUCAACUAUUUGAAGAAAAGGCUAAACAAGUCAAUGAAUUACCAACCCAACCAGCUCAAGCUGAAAUGCUAGAGCUAUAUGGUCUAUACAAACAAGCUACAGUUGGUGACAAUACAAACCCAUCAAGACCUGGUAUUUUUGCAUUAAAGGAUAGAGCCAAAUGGGAUGCUUGGGAAAAAUUAAAGGGUAAGCCUUCUGAAGAAGCUGAAAAGGAAUACAUCGAGUUGGUAGACUCUUUGAUUGCCAAAUACAAUUGA